CACAUGGGCACAAAAAGGAACUUGGGCUGUCGGUUUGUCUCGGAUUUAUGCCCACAGUACACCGGAGAGAAGCAAAGCAUCCCAGGCUGAUCCUAGACCCAAUUAACGGGAGCCACGGACCAUGAACUGGGGUAUCUUCGAAGGGCUCCUGAGCGGGGUGAACAAAUACUCCACGGCCUUCGGGCGCAUCUGGCUCUCCCUGGUCUUCAUCUUCCGGUUGCUGGUCUACGUGGUGGCGGCAGAGCGGGUGUGGAGCGACGACCACAAGGACUUUGACUGCAACACACGCCAGCCCGGCUGCUCCAAUGUCUGCUUCGACCACUUCUUCCCCGUCUCCCACAUCCGCCUCUGGGCCCUGCAGCUCAUCCUGGUCACCUGCCCCUCCCUGCUGGUGAUCAUGCACGUGGCCUACCGGGAAGCCAGGGAGCAGAAGCACCGGGAGGUAGCGGGCGAGAACUGCCACCGACUCUACCCCAACCCCGGCAAGAAGCGGGGAGGGCUGUGGUGGACCUACCUGCUCAGCCUUGUCUUUAAGGCUGCUGUGGAUGUGGUUUUCCUCUACAUCUUCCACCGGUUCUACAAGAACUACACCCUCCCCAGCGUGGUGAAGUGCGAGAUCCCCCCGUGCCCCAACAUCGUGGACUGCUUCAUCUCCCGGCCCACGGAGAAGAACAUCUUCACCCUCUUCAUGGUGGUCACGGCCUGCCUCUGCGUCCUGCUGAGCGUGGUGGAGGCCUGCUAUCUGGUGGGGAAACGGUGCCAGGAGUCCCUGCUGUCCAGAAGCAAGAGCAGCCGGAGGGAAACCAGGCAGUUCAGGAGCAUCGUUCAUAACAAGGACUGUUCCCUCUCCCACGGCGAGCAGGACAGCCUCGAGCCCAGAGGGCAGGUUUUCCACGCGGCGGAUUGCAAGCUAGUCAUGGCUCCAAACACAACCAGUUCCCAGAUAAGAGAAGAUGUUAUCUCCUAAGCGGAGGGAAAGACCUAGGGAGGCUGUCUCCGUGCAGAACGGCCCUUGUUCGAGACCAGCCCUCCUUGUUGGCCAUGCCUAGAUGUCACGAGCCAAGAUCAGACCUGGCCUCUGCUGGCAGCUCGGCUCCCAUCACACGCCCGGGUGUUAAGGACAUUGGGUGCUUCCCCCUGCCUUGCAUUGGUCUGGUGGAAAUAACUGGACUCCGGCACUUUAGAGAAGAAUGGCCUUGCUAGUCAGUGGGAAGUCCUAUUGGAACCACAGACUGGAGAGAAGCAGGGGGAAGGGGAAUGUUCAGAGGAUGUUGUGAAGGCCAAGACUAUAACAGGGUUCAAAAAAGAGCUAGAUAAAUGAUAGACCCAUUAAUGGCUAUUAGCCAGGCUGGGCAGGGGUGGUGUCCCUGGCCUCUGUUUGCCACAAGCUGGCAGUGGGCGGCAGGGGUUGGAUCACUUGAUGAUUCCCUGUUCUGUUCAUUCCCCUCUGGGGCACCUGGCAUUGGCCACUGUCAGUAGACAGGAUACUGGUCUGGAUGGACCUUUGGUCUGACCCAGUGUGGCCGAUCUCAUGUUCUUAAUGCAAAGCCUAGAGUUGUGGGAUUUAGACUUAUGAGAUUUGAUGGGUUCUUGCAGCAGCUGCUGCUGGCCACUACUGGAGUCAGGACACAGGGCUCGAAGGACCCUUGCUCUGACCCAGCCUGGCAAUUCCUGUGGUGAGACAUCAUGCAGGAUUGUGCCCUCCUGUGUCUUCCCGUUCCAUGCCCAGUCUAACUUCACAGGCGUCCGUUGGAAGGUCCAGCCUCAGAGAGAGGAGUGGGAUGUAAGGAACAAGCCAGACUUCUCCGCUGGCAGUGAGAAUUUCUCAGCCACUGUGGAAACAGAGCCAGAUCCUUCUGUCUGUCCCUGAGUGACAUGCCAAAUGGUAGGGGGACGUUGGAGAAACCCGGCCUGGCCGUGGAUGUUCCUGGGGUGGGGCUGCCUAGGCCAAGUGGGUAUUUUCUCUCCAAGCCUGCUAAGGAGAGGGGGGUGAGGUCUCCAAAGUGCCUCAUUUCAUGAACAGUCCUUCAGCUUUGCUUAACCCAACGGGACCAACUGGGGGUAGCAGAAGACACUAGAAAGAACGGGAGGCUUCCCAAGAACAGAAUACAGCAAUUCCCAUCUGCCAGAAAUGCCCAAUAAUCCAUCCUGCCAGAGAUUCAAGUCAUGGAAACUAAACACUUGCUGAUGUCGGUGAUGGGGAAUCCGUUCACCCUUAGGGAAUUAAAGAG